AUGAGCGAAGACAAUACUCAUCCACGUGGUGGCCCGUCCAGUGACGGUUCGACCACGACACGUGCACCCUCGGAACGUUCCACGCCGUCCAUGAUCAAUCAAGAGGCGAACGACAAUGAUAUGGAAAAGGGGAGGUCGACUGCCGACCCAAUCGACUCCAAGGCCACCCAGGUACAAGAUGAAUCUCUCCCAGAAAAGACCCAGAUCGGCACAGGGCCUCCAGCUCUCACAGCAACUCCGAGUCCUGGACCUCCUCCCGAUGGAGGCGCCGAGGCGUGGAUGUCCGUGCUGGGCGCCUUUUGCGGAUUAUUUGUCAGUUUUGGAUGGAUCAAUUGUAUUGGAAUCUUUCAGACGUACUAUGAGACUCAUCAACUGCGCAAUCUGUCGACGAGUACCGUGACCUGGAUCACAUCGUUGGAGACAUUUGUCAUGUUCUUUGUGGGCCCCAUCUUCGGUACUCUCUUCGACAACUACGGUCCCCGUGCCAUUCUCCUCGGGGGCACCUUUUUCCACGUCUUCGGCCUGAUGAUGGCUUCCCUCUCCACCGAGUACUACCAAUUCAUCCUGGCUCAGGGAAUCUGCAGCCCCCUCGGCGCAAGUGCCAUCUUCAACGCCAGCGUCAACUCCGUCAGCACCUGGUUCGCCAAACGACGAGCCUUUGCCCUGGGCAUCACCGCCUCGGGGUCCAGUCUCGGCGGAGUCAUUUUUCCCAUCAUGGUCUCGAAUCUCAUCCCCAAGCCAUUUGAUAUCAUGAAUUUCGUCCGGCCCUUGAAGGAUGUCAAAUUUGUGGUCACGGUGGCGGCGUGCUUUUGUUUCUUUUGGGGCAUGUUCUUGCCCUUUACGUUUGUGAUCACCCAGGCUCAACGAUAUGGCAUGUCCGAGCAUCUGUCGCUGUACUUGAUUCCAAUCCUCAACGCGGCCAGCAUCUUCGGCCGAACUCUUCCCGGCUACCUCGCCGACCGAAUCGGUCGAUACAACAUCAUGAUCUUCUUCAGCUAUCUCUCCGCCAUCCUAGUUCUCGCCCUCUGGCUACCCUCCCGCAGCAACGUCCCCGCCAUCAUCUUCAGUGCCCUCUACGGCUUCAGCUCCGGCGCCUUUGUCUCCAUUGUUCCGGCCUUGAUCGCCCAGAUUUCCGACCUGCGCGAGGUCGGCGUCCGAAACGGAACGUGUUUCUCCAUCAUCUCGUUUGCCGCACUGACCGGCACACCUAUCGGGGGCGCCUUGGUCCCGGAUGUGCUGACGGGGUCGUAUACCAAGUUGCAGGUGUUCUGUGGCGUGGUGAUGAUGGCCGGGUCGACCUUGUUUGUGGUGGCACGGAUCGUAGUGGGAGGUUGGAAAUUGGGCAAGGUGUAA